UGAUUUGAAGUGGUAUAUUAUAUAUUGAUUCUCCUUAUUAUCACUAUUUUAGGAGAUGCUGUACUAUUACGGAAUCACCAAGUUCAAUGGAUACACAUUCAUAAUUUUAACUGUAUUUUUUAUUCAAGGGAUUUGUGACAACUACUCUUUCAUUAAUUUACCAGAAGAACAUGUACCAUAUUAUUUCAGAAAUUCCCCAAAAGCCAAGGAAAAAUGUUCAGAAGAUGUGAACUGCCCCUUCAAGCAGUAUUUAAAUAGUAAUAAAUGUUGGGGUUAUGAAUCUAAUUGUGAGUGGAAUGAACAAUAUUCAAUUCCUCAUUGUCCAGGAGAUCAUAAGGGAUGGGUUAAAUCUAAAUUUGCACAGAAAGCUGCCUUUCAUGCUCAAGCUGACUUUGGAUAUGUUAAGCAGCAACUGAAUGAAAUGAAGGUUUUUUGCGAACCAUUAUUUCCACAUGAUAGUUCGCUGGAAUGCUCUGAACAUAUGAGGUUUUGCCGAGGACGAAAUAUUAUGAUGAAUUUUACAAAACUUGCUGAUAGACCAGAACCGAUUCGCUAUAAAAUGGAUGUUUUUAGCGAAGGAGAUAUAGGAGGCUAUUGUACUUUUUAUAAAGAAAAGUUAGAUGAACAGGCUGACCAUAUAAGCCCUUUACAAAGCUGGGGACCUGAGAUGAGGUAUUUUAGCAAGCUUAUUCGCCGGCCUAUUGUUGAAAAUGAUUGUGAUAUAGUUAUAGAGAAACCCACAUUCAUUAUGAAGAUAGAUGCAACAGUCAACAUGUAUCAUCACUUUUGUGACUUCGUGAACUUAUAUGCCUCCUUACAUCUCAAUGCUACACAAGAAGACUACUUAUCUACUGAUGUCCAUGUGUUGAUUUGGGAAACAUUCACCUAUCGUUCAGCAUUCCAAGAUGUCUGGAAAGCCUUCACUGACCACCCUCUGUGGGAUCUCAAGACUUUCCGCGGUGAUACAGUGUGUUUCAAAAACGUGGUUUUUCCUUUAUUACCCAGAAUGAUAUUUGGAUUGUAUUAUAACACUCCAAUAAUAUAUGGUUGUGAGAAAAGUGGAUUAUUUGAUGCCUUCUCUAAACAUAUUUUACAUAGAUUGAGGAUACCAGAACACCCACGAAAUGAUAAAAAAAUUCGAAUUACGUUUCUUUCAAGAAAUACCAAGUACCGACGAAUACUUAACGAAGACGAAUUAAUCAAAACUCUUGGUAGAAAUCCCGAAUAUAAUGUGAAAAAAGUGGUUUAUGAUCAAAAUAUUCCAUUCAAGAAGCAAUUAGAGAUUUCUAGGAAUUCAGAUAUUCUAGUAGGAAUACAUGGUGCUGGAUUAACCCAUCUCUUGUUUUUACCAGAAUGGGCAGCUGUUUUUGAAGUGUACAAUUGUGAAGAUAAAAACUGUUAUUAUGAUUUAGCUCGCCUCAAAGGUGUCAAAUAUAUAACUUGGGAGAACUCUGAAAAACUCACAUCGUUUGAAGAUGGCAGUUAUGAUGGAGGAGCCCAUGCGAAGUUUGCAAACUAUUCUUUUGAUGAGGAAGAGUUUUUGAACCUUGUAGAAAAAGCGGCAACUCAUGUGAAAAAUCAUCCAAAAUUCAAAGAAUACUUGAAAAUUGAUCAUGAUGAAUUCUAAUAUUUGAUGAAAAUUGUCUUAGGAUUUACCACAUUUUGUAUAUUAUUGUCAUUAUUAUUUUGGAUAACAAUCAGGAAAGUUUUUAAAGUCAAUCUGAAUAUAUCCAAUUGUCUUUCAAAUUAAUGAGAAAGGGUUACCUAAUCAUCAACUAUCGGACAAUUCCAUCAUAUAUCUCAUCUAUUAAAUUAUAUUAAUAUACAAUGUGUCCCAGUAUUGAUAUUACAAGAGAUAGUAUUAAAAUUUUUGAAUUUUCAGUUUGUAGAAUUAGGUAAUAUCAUUUAUUUAAAAAAUAUCACAUGUUUCGCUUUUUUGUAGUGAGUUACGUACUCCAAAUCAUAAGUUGUAGUUUAUGAAAUUACUAUGGAUCUUCAUCAAGUGACGGCCGAAUUAAUCAGGAAGAAAAGGGUAGAAUUAAGUUCUGCUUGGUGAGAAAAAAGUUUAAAAAAUAUUUCCAGGUUUUGAAAAACAAAUAAGCCUUGUAGGCUAAGCGAAAACCAUUUUCUUUCUAGGAAUGUGUUUCUGAUAUGUUAAAAUGUUACCGAAAUGAGUUGUUCAGGAUGAGAAACUAUGACUAUGCAAAAUUUCUGAAAAUUAACUUCUUGAUUCUACUAUUUCACUACCUUGAUAAAAUCAUCAUUUUUUUACAUUAAGCAAAAUAACAUCGACUCACAAAUUGAGUUAUAGAACAUAAUAAUAUAUUUGAUCUACGAACACUCAAUUUUUUUAAAGUACUUGCCAGCAUUAUCUGAAAACAAAAUCGGUGUAUUAUUUCUCAGUUCAAACUACAAUGAAUAAAAGAUCAUGUUAAUGUUACAGCAGAUAAUUUCUGUUGAUCAGUGUUAUUGACUUAAGACAAAUGAUUACAUUAAGGGUAGUAGUGCAGCAGUUCAACAAGAGAUUUCCCAACAUCUCAUAACUGUCAUGUGAAUAGUUGAAAAAUUUCUUGCAACAUGAAAAUGAUGCCACAACUAUUGUUGCUCUUGCUUAGGUGUAAGAACAACCCGAGACUAUCAUUGGGUGAAUGUUUACUUAAUCUUAAUGUUAGUAAAUCAAAAUCAUGAAGAAUUCAAACCAAAAUUUGUUCAUAAUAUAGAAGGAAAUAAGGGCCAUCGCUCAGAAAUGUAUAGAAGAGCAAAAUUGUAAAAGACAAUACCUAUUACCAAAAAGGGAAUGUAUGGGGUGUUGUUUCAUAUCGCUUUGGCAUUAUUGGACAUUUCUUCACAAUGGAGCGGUUAAAUCAGAAAUUUCAUGUCCAUUGAUUGCAAUUCUUGCUAAUAUCCAAUAGAAUCACUUCAGGAAGAGCAGACAAAUGGGAUGAUGUAAGAGUGGUCUUGUCGAUCUGAAGAUAACAGAUAUAUGGUGAUCGGGAAUUCAAGGUACCCUCAAUUUGUAUCAAAACUGUAUUCUUCGAAUGUAAGUGGCUGACCACCAAGAUUUUUUUUGAUAAAGUAUUUAGAACUUUUUAUUCCAGACUCUCUCCAAAAGUAGGAGAAAAUGCUGGAAUAACAUUUUAAUGCCUCAUGAACAAAAAGGGUAUGUUACCUGAGACUUGUUUUUCAAAGUCUGAAAAUAUUAUUCAAAUUCAUUUUUCAUCAAAUAGAACCUCAUCCCACGGUCUUGAAAGAAUUUGAAUAUUUUCAGUCCAUCACACCUCUCUAACAUCAUUCCUGGGAUUCUUUAUGUAGAACUGUAUGUUACCUGAGAAGAAAAUGGUUUUAGUCAAGUCCGACUUGUUUUCCAAAGUUUGAAAAUAUUAUUCAAAUUCAUUUUUCAUCAAAUAGAACCUCAUCCCAAGGUCUUGAAAAAAUUUGAAUAUUUUUAGUCCAUCACACCUCUUCUAACAUCAUUCCUGGGAUUCUUUAUGCAGAACUGAAUUAUCUGACCCAGAGUGAAAUUAAGUAAAUUACCUUCUCUUGAAAUGUCAACAUUUUUCUGGAAUUGUUAGAUACUAGAAUAUAACUAUAGAUAUGAUUAGGGAAUAAUAUUCUAAUUCAAUAAUACGUCUACAUGAUGAAACUUGAAAGCCGAAAUUUUUCUGAUGUAUUUCUGAAUAAUUUUGUAAAUUUAUGUAACAAUAGUAAGUGUAGUAAGUACCCUUUAGUCAUGGAAGGGCAUCUCCUUAAAAUAUGUCACAGAAGACCUAAUUCUGAAGCAUACUUUUGUAUAGGUUACCUACCUGACUAAGGAAGUUUGACUGAUCAGACACAAAAAAGUCAGGUUCUGGAAGCAGAGCACACACUCUGUGCCUGUCAAGUUUUCAGCCUUUGGUAGAAUCCCACUCUUGUCAGCUGAACUGAAAAAUCACUCACCAAAUAAAGAAAGCGAUUUUGUUCAGAAGCUAGAAUACGUGUGUGGGAAUACUGUGAGUCAUAGUAACUGUCACAUAAUUAACCCUGGCGGGUUUCAGUAAAGGGUCGAAUAGAUUCAACCACUUGAACCUACCCAAGAAUUAUAAAAAUGAUUGCCAAAUUUAAUCAGGCAUUUUCCAAAUUUUGUAAGUUCCAAUAAAAGUUGGCCAAUUAUGACACAUGCAUACACUUUCCUACUAAAUAUUUCAGAUAAUCUAACUUUUGCCAUAUUACACAAAAUGUGUAACUGUCAAGAACUGUUUCAUAAAUUGACCUUAAGAAUAUAUAAUGGUCAGUUUAGGGUGGAUUUGGAAUAAUAGAAUAAUAUAGGUUGCUAAAUUCUGCUUCUUUCCAAAUUCGAUAUUUACAUUGCAUCAACUUUGAAUCAUUCCAGUAAUCUUAUUUUUUAUAAGAAUUUUUUAACUAAUAAAUGAAAAUUUUAUUUUAGAAGUUUUAUUGAAAAGAAGUGCAGUAAUUGUAAGUAUUUUGCUAAUGAAAUGUGAAGUAAUUUAUUUUUUGUUACCAUAUUUGUAUUUGAAAACAAUAUGUAGGGUACAGGAAUAAAUAUAUGCAUUUCUAAUAUA